AUGGGAGUACACAAUAUUACAGACCAGCUUCCACUGGUCCAAGCAGUUUUUAAUCGAAAUGCCGAUGAAAUUCAACUGCUAUUGCAGAAAGAGGACGUCAAUGCACUGGACCAAGAGCGCCGUACAGCACUACAUGCUGCUGCCUGUUUGGGGGAUGUUCAUAUAAUGGACCUCCUCGUCAAUGCAGGUGCAAAUGUAAAUGCUAAGGACCAUGUGUGGCUAACUCCAUUGCACAGAGCUGCUGCCUCCCGGAAUGAAAGGGCAGUGGGGCUGCUUCUGCGGCAGGGAGCAGAGGCCAAUGCACGAGAUAAGUUCUGGCAGACUCCACUGCAUGUUGCAGCUGCCAAUAGAGCCACGCGCUGUGCAGAGGCCCUGCUCCCCCAGCUGAGCAAACUGAACAUGGCAGACCGCACUGGCAGAACCGCCUUGCACCACGCUGUUCAGAGCGGAUACAUGGAGAUGGUGAAGUUGCUGCUGAAUAAAGGGGCCAACUUGAGUACCAAUGAUAAGAGAGAGAGACAGCCUAUCCACUGGGCAGCGUACUUAGGGCAUCUGGAGGUGUUGAAGCUGCUAGUGUCUCGGAGUGCAGACAAGGGCUGCAAGGACAAGCAGGGCUACACCCCUCUCCAUGCUGCCGCUGCCAGCGGACACAUUGACAUAGUCAAGUACCUACUGAGGCUCGGGGCUGAGCUGGAUGAGCCCAAUGCCUUUGGGAACACUGCUCUCCAUGUGGCCUGCUACACAGGCCAAGAGGCUGUGGCCAAUGAGCUGGUGAACCAAGGAGCUAACGUCAACCAGCCCAACAGAAGUGGCUAUACCCCACUGCACCUGGCCGCUGUGUCCACCAACGGGGCCCUCUGCCUGGAGCUGCUGGUCAACAAUGGGGCUGACGUCAACCAGCAGAGUAAUGCAGGGAAGAGCCCCCUGCACAUGGCAGCCAUUCAUGGACGCUUCACACGCUCUCAGAUCCUCAUCCAAAACGGUGGAGAGAUUGACAGUGUGGAUAAAUAUGGCAAUACCCCCCUCCAUGUUGCUGCUAAGUACGGCCAUGAACUACUGAUCAGUACUCUGAUGACCAACGGUGCAGAUACAGCCAGACAAGGGAUUCAUGGGAUGUUCCCGCUGCACCUGGCUGUGCUCUAUGGUUUUUCAGACUGUUGUCGCAAGCUACUCUCCUCAGGUCAGCUGUACAGUAUUGUUUCAUCUAUGAGUAAGGAGCACGUUCUAUCAGCCGGGUUUGACAUAAACACUCCAGACAACUUUGGAAGGACCUGUCUACACGCUGCUGCUUCUGGAGGAAACGUUGAAUGUCUCAACUUGCUCUUAAGCAGUGGUACUGACUUGAAUCAGAGGGACCAAUCGGGAAGGACUCCGUUGCACUAUGCAGCUGCUAAUGGGAGGUACCAAUGCACUGUGACCCUAGUGAGUGCUGGCGCUGAGGUUAAUGAGCCAGACCGUACAGGCUGCACUCCCCUGCACUACUCUGCUGCCUCCCAGGCCUUCUGCAGAAUGGACCGACAUUUCCCCGGGACUCUUCAGAGCGAGGAAGAUGGAGAUAAGGAGUCCUAUUUUUGCUUGGAGCAUCUGUUGGACAACGGUGCAGACCCAUCCCUGGUCAACUCUAAAGGUUACAGUGCUGUUCAUUAUGCUGCUUCCCACGGCAACAAGCAGAACCUGGAACUGCUCCUGGAAAUGUCCUUUAAUGCCCUGGGAGACAUUGAGAGCAGUAUUCCAGUGAGUCCAUUGCAUUUAGCUGCUGAUAAUGGCCACUGGCAGGCGCUGAGUGUGCUGACAGAGACUGCUGCCUACGUAGAUGUGCAAGAUGCCUCGGGCCGCUCUGUGCUCUACUUGGCUUCCCAGAGAGGUUACGCCCGCUGUGUAGAGGUCCUGCUAGCCCAGGGGGCCUCCUGCCUCCUCAACGAGAACAGACACAUGUGGACCCCUCUACACGUCGCAGCUGCCAACGGCCACACGGAAUGUCUGCACAUGCUGGUGGAAAGCGGGGAGGAGGCAGACCUUACCAACGUCACAGACACACAGGGACAGACUCCUCUGAUGCUGGCCGUGCUAGGUGGCCAUACAGACUGUGUCCACCUGCUGUUGGAGAAGGGGGCCUGGCCUGACGCCAAGGACAAGGGGGGCAGCACUGCCUUGCACAGAGGGGCGGUGGUGGGCCGUGAGGACUGUGUGACAGCCCUGCUGGAUCACGAGGCAUCUGCCCUGUGUCGGGACGGCCAGGGUCGUACCCCCCUGCACUACGCUGCCUCCCACCGCUACACUGACAUCCUGGCCAGUCUGCUGCGUGCCGCCAUGCGCUCCGAUCCUCUGGACUCCCUAUUGGACCACGAAGAGUACACGCCGUCACACUGGGCCGCCUACCAAGGGCAUGAAGGCUGUUUGGAGGUUUUACUUGAACACAAAACAUGUAGUAGCCAGGAGGGAAACCGCUUUACCCCAUUGCACUGUGCUCUAAUGAAUGGCCGUAGUGGAGCUGCAGAGAUGCUGUUGGAAUCUGCUGGUGUACAGAUGGUUAACACCAGGGAUACUAAAGGAAGGACCCCGCUUCAUGCCGCAGCGUGUGCCGAGGACGUGUCGGGGCUUCAGCUGGUCCUACGCCACGGAGCUGAGAUCAACGCCGUGGACCACACCGGACGCUCUGCUCUCAUGGUUGCUGCUGACAACGGACAGAGUGGCACCGUGGCCAUCCUCCUGCAACGGGCCAAGGCUGACCUGACACUGCUGGACGACAGUGGAAACACUGCCCUACAUCUGGCCUGCAGCAAGGCUCAUGAGAUGUGUGCCCUGCUGAUUCUGGGGGAGAUCCAUAACGCUACCCUCGUCAAUGCAACCAACGCUGCACUGCAAAUGCCCCUGCAUCUAGCAGCACGCAACGGUAUGGCCACCGUGGUCCAGGCACUGCUGAGUCGAGGAGCCACAGUGCUGGCAGUGGAUGAGGAGGGCCACACUCCAGCCCUGGCCUGCGCCCCCAACAAGGACGUGGCUGACUGCCUGGCUCUGAUCCUCUCUACCAUGAAACCUUUCCCACCUCUGGACCCUUCCUCAUGCUCUUGCUCCUCUUCCUCCUGCCCCUGCACCUCCAUCUCUGUCUCCUCCAUCUCUGUCUCCUCCUCCAUCUCCCCCGGUCUCAACCUACUGAAGCACUGCGGAAUCACCGCAGCCUGCACACCCCUGCCCAACGGAGGCCUUCACCAUCACCACGGCUAAGUCAAAGACCACCAUGGCGCCGCCAUCGGCCUGGACGGGUGCCUUUCUGAGUAAGGUCAUCCUACACCUACAAUCCGACACCACAACUACCACCACCACAGGGUGACUCCCUUGAGUACACCCACCUACACGCCUGUGCGAAUGUGUGCGCGUAUGUGUGGUCUUCACCUGAAGGGCAGUCAAACCUAUAUGCAAAUAGAGCCCACAGCAUCUAUCUCAGCUCUGUAGUAGUUAGUGCUUAACACAGAGAGACUGAUCUCUCUUUCUGUAAUGUCACUGGAAUACCGCUGUU